AUGGACUAUGAAAAUCAAAUUAUUAUAAAUUCUGAAAUAAAAAUAAAAAAUAAAAAGGAGGAAAAUGGGAUAAAAUAUGAAGAGAUAGAUAAAGUAGAGGGUGAAGAAAAUUGGAACCCUCCAAUAAAUUGGCCCAAAAAAAAAUCCGGAAAAAUUAUAAACACAACUCCAUGUGAAAAGACACUAAAUGAAAAUAAAAAUUGUUUAAAACUGGAGAAAAGGGUAGAAAAUAAUUAUAACGAUGACAAUGUUAAUAAUAAUAAAAAUAGUAGCCAUGACAAUGUUAAUAAUAAUAAAAAUAGUAGCCAUGACAAUGUUAAUAAUAAUAAAAAUAGUAGCCAUGACAAUGCUAAUAAUAAUAAAAAUAGUAGCCAUGACAAUGCUAAUAAUAAUAAAAAUAGUAGCCAUGACAAUGUUAAUAAUAAUAAAAAUAGUAGCCAUGACAAUGUUAAUAAUAACAUAAAGAAUGACCUGUCAAUUGAGAUAAGUGUUCAUGUUAUAAAUAAAAGUAUACAAAGUGUUAAGAAAUGUAUAAGUAAUCUUAAAAAAACACUUAAUGAUUAUUAUGAAUCAGAAUGUGAAAAUUUAUCUAAUUAUUUAAAAAGUGAAUGUAGUAGUGUCGUUAAAACGGUGAGUAAUUUUGGAGAAGUCGAAUUUUUUGAAGAAAAAAAUAAUGGUGAAAAAAGUUGUUCAGAAAAUAUAGACAAAACAAAUAUUGAGGUAUUAAUUCAAUCCGUAAUUAAUAAAAAAAAUGAAAAAAAAAAAUUUACAACUUUAGAUAUUAUUGAUGAAUGUUUAUCUAUAGGGGAUAUUUAUAAUAAAAAAAAUAAAAAUAAAAUCAAUGAUGUAAUUAAUAAAAAUAUAAAUAUAGUAACAGAUCAAACAAAUUUAUUAUAUUCUCAACAUUCUGGAGAUAUAAAUGAACUAGAUUUUCAAAAAUGUGUAGAAGAUAUUUCAAGCUCAUCAAAUAUUAUACCAACUUUGUAUAAAGAAAAAAAUAAUAAUAAUUCUUUAAAUAAACACGAGGAGAAAUAUAUAGAUAUGAUCCCCGAUUCUUGUAAUUCUAUAAAUUAUAAUUUAUCAAAAAACAAAAAUGAUUUAAAUAUUGAAAAAAAUACAACAUCAAUUUUACCCGAAUAUUUAUACACAAGCGAAAAAGCUGAAGAUAAUAAUGAACCAACAAAGAAACAUUUGAAUUUAAAAGAGUCGGAAAUAUGUGAAAGUUAUAAAAUUACGGAUUACCUGGAAAAAAUUAAGGGAUUUAUGAAAAUUGGAAAAGGAGAUCUAUCAUAUGAUAAUACAGGAAUGUUUUUAAAAAGAAAAAAAAAAUUAACAAGCUUAUUAAGCCCUAAAAAAAGGAUUAGUUAUUUUGUAUUACAUAUAUUAUUAUUUUUUUCCUAUGCCAUUUUGGGGUUUUCAUUUAUAUUUAUAAAACGGAUUAUUUAUAAAAUAUUUUUCGAUCAAGAUUUGUGA